AUGCACUUCUCAAAAAGCUUGGCAGCAGACAAGAAGCCAGGUCAUGAAAAGCGUGAUAAUCGCCGGAGGUCUGGACGCGAGAAAAGUCGUAUCGGCAGCCCUUUGAAGUUUAGGGGCCGCGCGGGGAUCAAGCGGGAUUUAAAAGAGGAGAAUGGGGCACAUGGGAAAAAGGGCCCGUUCGAUCGUCACUAG